AUGAUAAGAGCAUGUCUGUUUUCAGGUGGUGGUCCUGCCUGCUGCUUGUGCUAGCCUAUCUCUGCCCUCCAGGUUCAUCGUGUGGCAUUUCAACACACGUAGAAAUAGGACACAGAGCUCUGGAGUUUCUCAGUCUUCAGGCUGGGAGUGUUAACUACAAAGAGCUAUUGCUUGAACACCAGGAUGCAUAUCAGGCCGGUACCGCGUUUCCUGAUUCUUUUUACCCCAGCAUCUGCAAAGGAGGAAAAUAUCAUGACGUGUCUGAGAGCACCCACUGGACUCCGUUUCUUAAUGCAAGCAUUCAUUACAUCCAAGAGAACUACCCGCUUCCAUGGAAGAAGGACACAGAGAAAUUGGUAGCUUUCCUGUUUGGAAUUGCCUCUCACAUGGUGGCAGACAUCAGCUGGCACAGCCUGGGUAUAGAACAAGGGUUCCUUAAGACAAUGGGCGCUAUUGAUUUUCACAACUCCUAUUCUGAAGCUCACUCAGCUGGUGAUUUUGGAGGCGAUGUGCUGAGCCAGUUUGAGUUUAAUUUUAAUUACCUCACACGGCGCUGGUACGUGCCCACCAAAGAUCUACUGGAAAUCUAUAAGAGACUCUAUGGCCGAAAUGUCAUCACCAAAAGUGCAAUUGUUGAUUGUUCAUAUCUUCAGUUCUUGGAAAUGUAUGGUGAGAUGUUAGCUGUUUCUAAGCUCUACCCCGUCUUUUCUAGAAAGUCUCCAUUUUUGGUAGAACAAUUCCAGGAGUAUUUCCUUGGAGGCCUGGAUGAUAUGGCGUUUUGGUCUACUAAUAUUUACCGUGCAAUAAGCUUCAUGUUGGAAAAUGGGACCAGUGACUGCACUCUACCUGAAAACCCUUUGUUCAUAGCAUGUGGCGGCCAGCAAAACAGCACCCACAGCUCAAAAGUGCAGAAAAAUGCUUUUUAUAGAAAUUUGACUACUGUAUCCCCAGUGAAAGAUACUGAAAGAAACAUAAAUUAUACAGAAAGAGGAGUCUUCUUUCAUGUGGAUACGUGGACCCCAAAUUCCAUUGCCUUUAUGUACCAUGCUUUGGAAAGGAACGUACGGAAAAUGUUGACAGAUGGCUCACAGCAAUUGCUUAAGCACAUUUCUAGCCCUGCAGCGUCUUACUUCUUGUCAUUACCGUAUGCCAGACUGGGUUGGGCAAUGGCUUCAGCAGACCUCAACCAGGAUGGGUAUGGUGACCUUGUGGUAGGUGCGCCCGGCUACAGCCGCCCAGGCCACAUUCAGGUCGGGCGUGUGUACCUCAUUUAUGGCAAUGACCUGGGCCUGCCCCCCGUUGACCUGGAUCUAGACAAGGAGGCUCACCAGAUCCUAGAAGGCUUUGAGCCCGCAGGUCGGUUUGGUUCAGCCGUGGCCGUGCUGGACUUCAAUAUGGAUGGCGUGCCUGACCUGGCCGUGGGAGCGCCCUCGGUGGGCUCUGAGCAGCUCACAUACAAAGGAGCAGUGUACAUCUACUUUGGUUCACAACAAGGAAGGAUGUCUUCUCCCCCUAACAUCACCAUCUCUUGCCAGGACACCUACUGUAACCUGGGCUGGACACUCCUGGUCACGGAUGUGAAUGGAGACAGCGAACCUGAUCUGGUGAUUGGGUCUCCCUUCGCACCAGGUGGAGGGAAACAGAAGGGAAUUGUGGCUGCGUUUCAUUCUGGCCCCAGCCAGAACCACAGAGAAAAGCUAAGUGUGGAGGCGGCUAACUGGUUGAUGAGAGGUGAGGAAGACUUUGCCUGGUUUGGAUACUCCCUCCAUAGUGUCAGCGUGAACAACAGGACUUUGCUAUUGGUUGGGAGUCCGACCUGGAAGAAUACCAGCAGUCUAAGCCAUUUAUUCCACAACAAUAAUGAGAAACAAAACCUCGGAAGGGUGUAUGGCUUCUUCCCGCCAGAUUCUCAAAGCUGGUUCACAAUUUCCGGAGACAAGGUGAUGGGGAAACUGGGUACUUCUCUAUCCAGUGGUCAUGUGGUGUUGAACGGCCUCCUGACACAAGUGCUGCUGGUGGGGGCUCCGACUCACGAUGAUGUGUCUAAAAUGGCAUUCCUGACCAUGACCUUGCCCCAGGGCGGAUCCACCCGGAUGUAUGCUAUAACACAGGAUACACAGCCGGCUCUGCUCAGCACCUUCAGUGGGGACCGCCGCUUCUCUCGAUUUGGUGGAGUUCUGCACCUGAGUGACCUGGAUAAUGAUGGCAUAGAUGAAAUCAUCAUAGCAGCCCCAUUGAGGAUAGCAGAUGUAACCUCUGGACUGAUGGGGGGUGAAGACGGCCGUGCGUAUGUAUACAAUGGCAAACACAUCACCCUUGGCGACAUGACAGGCAAAUGCAAGUCAUGGUUCACUCCAUGUCCUGAAGAAAAGGCCCAAUAUGUAUUGGUUUCUCAAGAAGCAAACUCGAGGUUUGGCAGCUCUAUGAUCACUGUGAGGUCAAAGGAAAAGAACCAAGUUGUCAUUGUUGCUGGAAGGAGUUCUUUGGGAGCUCGACUUUCUGGGGCGCUUCACAUCUAUAACCUUGGCUAA